UGCAGGAGCCGAGUCAUAAAUACACGUUAAUCAAUCAAGAGUUUUCUCUAACUUUCUGAUGAAGUUUGAGGUAAAAUAAUGGGGAGACGACCUUCAGGCAGUGUCCACUUCCAAAGGACAUAAACAGAGCCCCAGCUGGGCAGCGGAGGAGCCCUGAGCCGUGGUGAGGACACACAGCAGCUCCGGAGCCACAGGUGCCUUCCUGUGAUGUUCAUUAACAAGAAGCUCUUCACCACUGCCCUCCUCGGGCUGCUGGUCACACUGUCCAUCAUCGCCCUCGUCCUCAGCCUGGUGAGGGUUGAAGAUGUCACUCUGCCACCCACAGUCCAGUACGGGAUGGUGUUUGAUGCAGGCUCAUCCCACACCUCUCUGUUUGUCUACGAGUGGGACUCGGACAAGCAGAACAACACCGGUGUGGUCAGCCAGACCUUUUCCUGUGACGUCCAGGGGCCAGGCAUAGCAAACUAUGCCAAUGAUCCCCCGAAAGCUGGUGAUUCCUUAAGAGAGUGCCUAGAAGAAGCCCUGAAAGUUGUUCCUGCUGCAAAGCAGAGGGAUGUCUCAGUUUACUUUGGAGCAACAGCAGGCAUGAGACUACUGAGGGAACAGAACAGCUCAGCUGCAGACCAAGUCCUGGCCGAAGUUGCUAAAACCAUACAAGAGUAUCCUGUGGCUUUCUGUGGGGCUCAGAUCAUUACAGGAGAAGAGGAGGGAGCUUAUGGUUGGAUCACCAUCAACUACCUGCUGGAGUCCUUCACCAAGUACUCCCCAAAAGCACACAUGUGGGUCCAUCCAGAGGCAGACGACAGUUUUGGGGCGCUGGAUCUUGGAGGAGCAUCAACUCAGAUCAGCUUUGUCCCCAAAGGUUCAUUUAUAAACGGGAACGAAACCUCCAGGUUCACGCUGUAUGGUUACAACUACAACAUCUACACUCACAGCUACACCUGCUAUGGGCAGAACGAGAUGUGGAAGCGCCUGGCAAAAGAGUUAAUUGUGGAGUCGCCCUCCAGCACGCUAGUUGAACACCCUUGCUACCCCAAAGACUACGAGGAAACCAUCUCGCUGUCUUCCUUCCGCACCAGCCCCUGCACCAACCAGAGUGACCCACACCUGCCUCUUGAUGACAGAAACGUGACCCUGGAAGGCAGGAGCAAUGCCAGCGGGUGUUUGGCUGCUGUCAAGAAGCUCUUCAACUUCUCGGCAUGUGGGCAGAGCCAGGACUGCUCUUUCGAUGGCAUCUACCAGCCCCCUGUCAGCGGGCAGUUCAUUGCCUUUUCUGCUUUUUACUACAACUUCAAGUUUCUCAACCUGACUGAGGGACAGUCACUGGCCACCGUCAGGGAGACCAUUGAGCAUUUCUGUGCAAGAACCUGGGAGGACCUGUCUUCUAAUUACCCUGAAGAGAAUCCUGAGCGACUGCCUAAAUACUGCGCCAACGCCAAUUACAUCCUCACACUCCUCCUUGAUGCCUACAAGUUCGACGAGGUCAGCUGGAACAACAUCUUCUUCCAGAUAAAGGUGGGAAGCACCAGCGUGGGCUGGACACUGGGCUACAUGCUGAACCUCACCAACAUGAUCCCUGCAGAGGCUCCAGUGUGGGUGAAGGGGCACACACCCUCCUUGUGGGCUGCAGCUGUCGCCUUCAUCACCCUCGCCUUGGCCGUGGGGCUCGUUGCGCUGCUUGUGCUUUUGUGGACGUAGGAAUGGAUAGAGGGAUCAUUAUUCCGCAGUGCCUUCCUGGACACCAGACUGUGUACUGUGGAUGCCAGGCUGCAAAUGCAGAUCUUGCCCUGACCUGUGCAUAGUGCUGAGCUGGAUCUUCUCCAUGGCUGUGCCCUUACCUUUGCCUUUGGUUCUGCUCACUCCUUAUUUGCCCCACGCAUGAUUCACUUUGUCAUUUGCUGGGAGCAAGUCUGCCUCCCAGCAGCAUAGAACUGACCUUUGCAGUUGUUGCAGAAAGGCAGGCACCCAGCCACUCUUGUUAUCCAGAAGUAAACACUGGAAAAGGCAGUGAAGAUGGAAAUGCUUGUUAUUUUGCUCCUGAGCCGAUAAGAUUUUAUUGCUUCCGCCUCAGAGGUAAGGGCUGGUAAUGGCAAUGGGGACACAGGAGAAAGGGGACAGGACUUCUGCCUCAGCCGCUGGAAGCAAUACGAGGCUCCUCCUCAGCACUGUUCAGUGCUGGAGAUCACAGCACCCACCAAACUUUGGUGGGGAAUGAGGACAAGGCCCUUUGCUUCCAAGAGGGGUCUGCCAAACUCCUGUGUGCUGAAAGGAAUGGUGAGAUGUGUGCCUGGCACAGACAUGGGGCACAGCCAACAGGAGAUUGACCUUGUGCAGGAAAGCAGGGGGGCUGCUGACAUCUAUUUUCUACCCUGACUUCAGUGGGGCCUCGACACCAUCCUCUAGAAUAUCCUCAUAGAGGAGCUGCUGACAUAAGGGCUGGAUGGGCAGUGAAAUGGAUUGAUGGGCCAAACCCAGAAACAGUGGCAGUGGCACUAAAGCUGAUUGGAACCAGACAUCUAUCCCAGGGGUCAGCACCCAGCCCAGUUCUUUUUAACAUCUCCAUUAAUGAUCUGAAUGAUGGGGAAGAGUGUUCUCUCAGCAAAUUUGCAGAGGAUACAAAACUGUGUAGCGUGGCUGAUGCACCGGAGGGUCAUGCAGCCUUCCAGAGGGACUGUGACAGGUGGGAGCAACCCCAAGGAUGACAGCAGCCUCAUGGAGCUCAACAUGGAGCAGAACCAAGUCCUGUCCCUGGGGAGGAACAGCCCCAGCAUCAGGACAUGCUGGGAUCACGCAGCAGAAAGCAGCCCAGCUACUGUCCCUCUGCCCAGCACCGGCAGUGGGCUGUGUGGGCCCCUGCCCUGCAGUGAGGCAGGGUUAUCAGGGUUAUCUCUGCCCCAUGUGGUUAUCUCCCAUAGGCAGUAACCAGCCCUGCAAUGAUACAGUUGCUGCCAAACACAUCUUCUCUCUUUCCUGCCCUUU